AUGUCAACAUUUUAUAGUGAUCUAGCAAAAGAAAUAGAAGACGAAAAUACUCCAUUCAAUUAUAAUGGAAUUGUACAUGAAGACAAUGAUCUCGAUGAUCUACUAAAUUCACUUAAUCAGAAAGACGACUUAAAAGUUCGAAAGACAGUUGUAAAACAGAAUGGUGAUCCCAAUUCCAGCCUAGAAUUCGGAAGACACACCGAAAAGACUAAAAGCCAAACAAAAUCCUCAAAAACCAUUCUUGAUGCCCUUAUAGACCCAUUCGAUGUUUCAGAUCCUAUUUUUGCAAAGACAGAAAAACCUGCUUAUAAAUUAGAUCCUGAAUUUGUAGAUGAAUCCAAACGACGUCCUAAUUCAUCGACUCCUAAAAGAACAGUUCGAUUUUUGGACGACGUUGGAAAAGAACACCAGGAGGUAUCUGGUGAUAGGCAGUUUGGUGACUCAUCUGGUUUUGAUCAAUUCGAUUUAGACAUACAAACGACUAAAACGUUAGGCAAUAAUAACAACUCUAGUUCAAUUAGACCUCAAACAGCUCCAACGCCAUCAGAAUGUGGAAAAUUCACAUUUAAAAACCUACUUGAUAAUGAUAAUAAUAAUAAUAAUAAAAGCUCUUCAAAUCAAAUUCUUAAUCUUUUAUCCGAUGAUAAAUUAAUUGACAAUUCAAAAUCAAUGAAAACUACUCGAUCUCAUACACGUCGUCCUUCAUCAAUAGAAUCAAUUCAUCCAAUUUCAAUCACUCAACUACCAAAUGAUUUCGACAAACUAGACAUUGAUCGUCCACGUUCAACAUCCUCUUCAUUAUCAUCAUUUGAUAGAAAAAAUACUAAUUAUGAAUCUAUGGAGUCGGAAGCCCAAAUUAAACGUCUUGAAAUGGAACGUGAUAAUUUAAUUAAUUUAUUAGAAUUAAUUAAAAAACAACAUCGUGAAGAAUUACUAAUUAUGGAGCAAACUUUAAAAACUAAAUUAGAUUUGAUUAAGGAAAGUGCAGAACGUAAAGAGAAUCGUCUUAGGGAAGAAAUCAAUUACCUUGAAAUACAGAAUCGUGAACGAUUAGUUCAAAUUGAAGAGAAACGUGAUCAUUUAUUAACAGAUCUAACAAAUAAAUUAAAUGAAGCACAUCAAACACAUCAACGUGAAUUGAAUGAAUUAAAACAGUCACAUAAUGAAGAAAUUGAAAUGUUAAAAAAACAUCAUCAAGAAUUAAUGGAUCGGUUAAAAUGUGCUUCACAACAUGAAAUACGUACAAUCACUGAAUUACAACCAAAUAGUGAACAAUUAAAAAAUCUUUUAGAACAAAUAAAAACUACUUUAAUCGAUUUAAGUAGAUCACAACAAGAACAAAUAAAAAAUACAACAAUACGACAUGAUCAAUUAACAAGACGUGAAGAAGCAUUACAUAUACUUGAAGAUAAAUUAAAUCAACGUGAGACUUCAUUGGAUUAUGAACGAAAACAGAUAGCAGAUUCAUUUUCCAAAUUGGAAAUUCAAUUUCGUGAACAUAAUAAGUUGGCUACAGAUGAUAGAUGGUUAACAAAACAAGAACAUGAUAGAUUGGCAAAAAUUCAAAUUAGUUUAGAAGAAGAAAGACGUUGUCUUAUUGAACAGUCAGGAAGAGCACGUGCUGAAAUGCAACAAUUAGUAUCUACAUUCAUCAAUGAACAUCGUAAUGCUCAAGUAAAAAAUUUAGAAGAACGUAAUUUAAUCGCUGAAGAAUAUCAACGUCUACGUACAGAACAAUUAAAUUGGGAAUCGAAACAAAAAUCAGAUGAAUUAGCUUUAAAAAAAGCUAAAGAAGAUAUUGAUGCAAUGAAAGAGAAAUUAGCAAUGGAACGUCAAUCAUUGAAUGAGAAAAUGAAUAAAUUAAGAAUUGAUGAAAUGAAAUUAGAAGAAACUCGACAACAAUUGGAUAUCGUCAGAUGUGAUCUUGUUCGUGAACAAGACGUGUUAACACAUCGUGAAGAAUAUUUAGAUCAACGACAAGAUGAAUUAAAUAAACGUGCUGAAGUUUUAAAUCAAACAGAGAAACUAUUAAAAGAAUCUGAAACUCGACAUCGUCGUUUACAAGAUGAACAAAGUAAACAAUUCACUGAAUUACAAGAAAAAAAUCAUAAAUUACAUGAAAUGGAAAAACAACUUGUUCUUGAGAAGAAACAAUUAGCACAACAAAUGGAUAAAUUGUCUAAAUGUAAAUUAGAAACAGAUAAUCAUUUAAAACAAUCAAUGUGUUUAAAUUGUCGUAUACCAGUUAAAGAAAAUGGUUCUACUCAUCGUUUACAUCAUAAAUUAGACAAUGAUAAUACAAUAAUAAAGACAAAUCAAAAACGAAUCAUAACAAUGAAUGGAAAUAAGAAAGAAUUCAGUAAUGGUACAUGGAAUGAUCUAUCACAGUUACAUACUUCUCAAGAUCGAGAAUCUUUUCAUUUAAAUGAUGGAAGAGAAGAUACAAAACAAGAAAAAUUGUUUAUUUUUGAAUAA